GUUUACUCAUGGAAUCAAGAACAUCUUUACUCUACAAGAAAACACAGCAACUAUCACUCCCAUAUGUUUCCUACUUCAAUGAUGAAUACUGCCAUGCAAGAACCUAGACGCUCACCGCGUAUCUUGAAACAAAAAUCAUGUUUUGGUUUGGAUUUCAAAGAAGGAAAUGGAUCGGAGACAGCAAACGAAGACGGCGAGAGAGCGAUUGUACAUCUCGAUGCAGUUGGCCAGAUUACCAUCAAAUUCUCGCUCCCAGCCACCAUAGGUACCUUCGAGUUAUCCAAGAAAGAUAUCUCUGUGCGGUCAAGUCUACCUUCGUUUUCCCUUGAGAAUAAAUCAAAAUCAACAACAGGCGACAUCAUAGACUUGGCAAAAGAACACAAUGAAGUGUUAGAAAGCACGGAAGAGGACAGAAACACGCCACUCGAAACGCUGCUGAGUACGAUAACAGAGGGCGAAAAAUUUCUGACAUCAGUCAAAACAAAGGCCAUCGCUCACCAGCGGUCGACAGCAGAACUCCGCGCCAAGCUGCAAGUUGCCGAGACGGCAUUGAAAGAAUCGGCAGCGGCAUUUAGCGAAGAAAUAGCAUAUUUCAAGGAAGAUGUUACAGCACGAGAUAAUGAGAUUGCGAGGUUGAGAGGGGAUGCUGAUAAAUCGAGUGGAGAGAGGAAUAAGAUUGCAAAGCUUGUUCAAAGGAACUUGGAGCUAGAAUCAACGAUGGAGAAGCAAUCUGCAAAGCUAACGAAGCUUGAAGAUUGGAGAUUUCAGAUGCGGAGGGUGUUGAGCGGGGGGGAUGAUGAGUCAUGAGCUGAUAUGAUUCAAUGCUGUUUAAUCUGCUAAUAAUCUGCUAAUUAUUUCAAAGAUAGGAUCUAAGUCUA